ACCGUCUGUGAUACUCACCACCAGUUCCGCGUGACGUCACGAUCUACGUCCGCGCUACUUCCGGGUUACGUUCUCGCCAAACGCCGUGACAAAACAAAGAGCGUGCUUUUAGUUCGUUUAUUUUCGAUAUAUAAACAAUGCCUACGACUUGUUGUGCUCCCGGUUGCACACAGAGGCAUUCCAAGUCGUCGGGUGUGCGUUUCUUUCGUUUACCGAGGGACGAAGAAAGAAGAAGGAAAUGGGUCGUUUCUAUGAGAAAAAACAAUCCCAACCGACUGUGGACACCAUCACGCCACGACAGAAUCUGCAGUCUGCACUUCAUCUCCGGUGAGCCUUCAACAGACGUAGACCAUCCCGACUUUCUGCCCACUAUUUUCUACUUUUCUCCGUUGACCAAGUCACCUACAACAUCGUUGGAAAGGUUCGAGCGGGUGGUCAAACGGCGAAGAAGAUUGGCAUUGGCACCCUAUCAAAGGAAGGAGAAGGUACAGAGCAGCCAUCCUGAACCAACACCUGCCCGGACCUUGUUGCUUUUGGCACAUCAUACCGCAUCAUACAAAGAUUCAGGAACAAAUCCUGACCCUGACCCUCUUCAGCGGCAGUAUGAUCAGCUAAAAAGGGAUUACGCGGGACUUCAACAGGAGUAUCAACGAGUUCUGGAUGAAAAUCGACGUCUCAAGGCAGAAUGUGAAGCGAGUCGGUUUACCUACACAAACCUCGACAACCCAUCGAUAAAAACAUUGACAGGACUUCCUACUGUGGACUUAUUCAAGUGGUUAAUGUCCCUUGUGUGUCUCUAUCUGAAACCAAUGGGCAAAUUGUGUUCUGGUGACAUUCUUCUGCUGGUUUUGAUGAAGCUGAAACUCGGCUGCACCAGUAAAGACUUGGCAAUACGGUUUAAGGUUGCCCCGACGCAGGUGUCUGCCAUCUUGAAUAGCGCCAUACCCAUAAUAGCGAAAAGACUGGAAUUCCUCAUACGGUGGCCAACAAGAGGUGAGGUGCUGAAGAAUAUGCCAAAAGUGUUCAGGCGGCAGCACGGGGGAGCUAGAGUAAUUAUUGACUGCGGUGAGAUUUUAAUUCAGCGACCUGUGAAUUCGAGUGCCCGGGCAACGACAUGGUCCAACAACAUGCAUCAUAACACAGCAAAAUUCUUGAUUGGCAUCACCCCUUGUGGAACGGUUAGUUUUCUUUCUUCCAGCUGGGGUGGACGAAUUUUCGAUAAAGAACUGACCGAACAAUCCGGGUUCUAUGACAAACUUGAGCCUGGUGAUUUGGUGUUGGCAGAUAAAAGAUUUCUAAUUGCAGAAGAACUGGCUGCCUAUGGGGCAUCAUUAGCCAUGCCUCCGUUUGCCUCCAGUCAUGUUGAACGAGCAAUCGAGCGUGUGAAACAAUUUGGAAUUUUGAAAAAUGUGAUGCCAUUAACACUGUCUCGUCAUAUUGAUUCUAUACUGAUCAUAUGUUGUGCAAUUACAAAUGUUUUGCCUAAACUGUUGAAGUGACACCUCAAAAAAAUAAAAAUAAACACAUGGGACACAAGCAGCUGUCAACAAUUUUGUUUUUGGUGAAGUUGUUAUAAUAAAGAUCCCACUGUAUCGAGUGGUUUGUGUACAUACAUUUAUGUAUGAAUAUUGUCUUUAUAUAUUCUUUAGUGCAAGAAUGUUUAUCUGCCAACUGAAAGCAAAAUACAUUUCAAUAAAUACAAUCACAACAAG